AGUUCUAGUGUAGUUUUAGUAGCGAAAAAAAAUAGACCUACUGAGUGCAGAAAUGGUGCAGAAAGCAAGUUGAUUCGCUCGUACGCAGAACUGAGAGUGAAGAGGAGAAUUUGACUCAUAAGUUACAUAAGUUGGCAAGAUGAAUGAUGAAAAUAUAAGUAACAAUUUGCUGUUAUCACCAGAAAAAGUAACAGAAUAUUGGAAUCAAGAAGAAAGAAUGAAUGCAUUGUUCUCACCAUUUCGCAGUAAAUCUGCUAAUUCACAGGAUUGGAUUUCUAAAUAUAAAUUCUGGCGUGAUUUGAUAUAUAAAUCACUCAAACAUACCAUGCAGUGUACUUUUUCUAUUGUUGAUCUAAAUGAGGCCUUUAAAAGAAAAGGUUGUGUACCUCUUUGUUUGGACACUGUAAUUGAAGAACUUCUUAGGCACGAUGAAAUAAUUCAAGAGACUGAUUUUUUAAAAGAACCAUGUGAAACUUGGACAGCAUGGUCAGUUGAUACAUUUUUGAGGAAACCUAUUAGCUGGUCUUUUUAUAAGAUGAAGACCCAUGUGUUAGGUCAAAAUACAAUUAAUACAGAAGUGAAAUAUAUACAUAUACCUGUCAUGCAAGAAUUAGGUGAUAUUAUCCUCUCUAUUGCAGAAAUUAAAAAGAACAAUGUUUUAUAUUCCGUUUCUGAAAUAACGGAAUAUUGCAAAAUUAAAACAAAAAAGCAAAUUUCGGAAGACUCGGUAAAAUUAGUUUUGGAGUGGUUAAGGCGUAAAAGAAAAGUAGCUUUGGGGAAAAGUUCUGAUUCAAAUAAUGAAUUAUUAGUAAAAAUAUCUACGCACUUAGUAACUGAAAUCACAGAAGUAGAAGAAGGUACAUAUAAAUUGGUGAAGCAAGAGAACAAACUGAUCAAGGAAAUAGAGUUUAUGGAACAAGAGAAGCUUAAUAUUCUUAAUGAAAUAAAGACACACAUGGCGAAAGGUUUGCGUCAGCUGGCAAAGACAUGCUUGAAAAGAAAAAUCGAAUUAGAAAAAAUUAUAGAAAAACGUUCUCAAGUUCUUGCAAAUCUGCAUAUUCUUAUCAUUAACAUUGAAGAUGCACAUUCUAAUUCUGCUAUAUUAUCUGCUUAUAAAACUGGAUCUGAAAUAUUGAAGAAAAUGGAGCAAAAGGAUUUGACACAAUACAGUGUUAUGGAUGUUAUGGACAACAUUAAUGAACUUUUAGAGGAAAACAGAGAAAUAAAUGUAGUUUUGUCUGAAACAUUAAACCAAGAUUCUGAUACCGAAUUAGAAAGAGAAUUAGCGGAAUUAAUGAAUGAGAAUGAUGCCGACAUUUCCACUACAUUUGCUGAAUCAAACUCAGAGAUUGAGAAUUUGGAACAACGUUUGAAUAACUUACGUAUGAAUGGUUCACUGUCACUUGAAAAUACAACUACGCUACCGUCUGUGUCAUCCCAUGGAAAUAAAAUAUUACAGGAACCUGAGUGUUUGUAAGUUACGACAAUCUUUUUUACAAUUUUUUUUUAAUGAGAUAACUUGUAUUUAAAGUUUUUAAAUUUACCUUAUUACAAUUAUUGAUUAUGAAAAGUUAAAGCGCAUGUGCAUUAAAAAUGUAUGCAAAGAUAUUUUUCUUAAAACUGUCUUGUGAUGUGUUAUCUACAUCUAAAAUUAAAAUUGAAAAUAUGUAGUA